GUCAUCCGAUUGGGCACCAGGCGAGUCCUUAUAGUCUCUCUCCCCACGUCAGAAUCGACACGAGGAUGCUGCCGUAGUGGCGGCGCCGGAGGCUGCAGCGGUGAGUCUGGCCAGGGCUAGACACUCAGGUGGGGCGAUGGCGGCGGCUGGGCACGAGGAAGAGCAGGCUGUUAUAGCGGACUGUCGCAUUUCAAACGUGAUCAACUGGAAUAAACCUUUUAGGACCACGACACUCUUUGCUGCCACCACUGCUGUGUACUGGUUUGUGGCCCUCAGUUCCUAUAGAGCGUACUGUCUUCUUGCCCUUUCCUUGGCUCUGAUGAGGACAGUGCUGCUUGUUAAAGAUGUGGCUCUCUCCAGAUGUGUCUCUUUCUCUAAAGGGGCCCACUUAUGGAGCAGUAUGACUGUAAGCUGGGAGAUCAUUGAUGCGGGCCAGGACAGCAGAUCUGGAGCUGGGCUACAGGUCACAGACUCCUGGAUGAGCUUCAAGCUCUUUCUGCAGGAGACCUCCUCCUUCAAGCAGCAGAAUCCAGGCAAGUUUUGCUUGCUGGUCUGCAGUUUGUGCACCUUUUUGGCUGUCUUAGGACGCUACAUUCCAGGUGUUCUCAUCUUAUAUGUUUUAGUGCUGGGAGUCUUCCUGUGGCCACUGAUGACAGCGCAUGACUUUGGGUUGUGGAUGAAGCCAGUUCUGCAGAAGCUGGACUUCGGACUGGAAAGAUUCCUUCAGAAAAUCAGAGAGAAUCAUGAAAAGAGGCUCCUUCUGGCACAAGCUGACCGGGAGAGUAUUGAAGCAGAUCUGUCCUCCCUUUUCCCCAAGUUGGACUCCACAGUUUGUAAGGAGAUGUCGAUAUCGGAUACAGAGGCCUCUGAUGUAACGUGGACAGACAACGGAACGUUUAACCUGUCUGAGGGACAUACGCCCCAGACUGAGAACUCAGAUGACCUAGACAGAGAAGAACUAUUCAUAGGGGGCCUCCCGGAAUUCCCCUCCUUGGACAACGGCACCAAUGGGGAGGACGAUGACGACCUGAGCAUCGGCCUACCCACACCCCCUCCCCAACCCCAGCACAGCAGAGCCAGGGGGGGGUCCGUGCCCCCGCUCCAGGGGGACCCUUCCACCCAGGCCAUGGAGUUUGUCCACAAGAUGGCAGGCAAUGUCAUUGCAGCCGCUGCCACCGCUGUCAUUCAGGAGAGGCUGGAGGCCGCCAUCGGUAGCACCAUACCCACAGACCCCCACCCCAGGUCCCUGCUGUUCCCCAACCCCACGACACUGCUGCCCCUGGACCUGGCAGAGGAGUCGUCAUCGGACAGCGAUGUGGAGGAAUUUGAGCUGCUGGACCAGUCCGAGCUGGAGCAGCUGGAAGGGGAGCUGGGCCUUGGGGCGAGCGCAGCAGUGGCGGCCAAAGAGCCCAAAAAAUCAUUGUCUUCUUCCAGUGGCUUCUUUUCAAAACUCCUGGGCCGCCAUUGAUUAGAGCAGGGGUGCCAGGAGGAUGUGGUGCAGGUCUAGUAUGGGGUUAGAGGGUAGAGGGCACAUGGAGACAGAGAGAGGCCUUGUUUGGGGGGUGGGGAGGAUAGGGGUGCAGAGACUGGGGGUUUGGCGAAACAAUAUGGUGUUGCAUUCUUUUUCCAGUUGUACUAAUAAUGAAUACUCCGGCAUUACAUGAUCGAUAUGUUCAAGAGCGAGAGGAAGGGAGUGUUCAGCAAGCAUGAUGCUAUAUGGAGAUGUGGAGUUGUCAGUGUUGGUGUGAUGAGAUUGUGACUUUUAUUUAACAAUUUUCACAUCAUCAAACUGUAGUAAAGUUAUGGGUAGGAAUGGAAUGGAACGUGGUGGUGUUUCUGAUUUGCUGCCAAAAGGACAAGAUUUGUGUUUUGUUGGUUAAUUUCUUCAACAGAUGAUCAGGUCUAUAUAAUUAUCAAACAUAUAUUAGUAAUGGAAAGGAAACACAGACUUUUUGUUUAAGUAUUAAAAUACUAAUUUCAGUAAUACAAUUGUAGGCAGAAAUUGAUGCAGAGUACAGUAUAUGAUAGUUCUCCCCAAGUUCUGCAAAGUGUCUAAGAGAUCCUGUAACUCAUAGCCUCCCCAAUCCCCCUUACAUAACUUUCCCUAGCAACAACAUUUUAGUAAAUCUAACCUCUCCUCAGACAGCAGGAACCAUCUUAUCAGCAAGUAAAAUCUCAGAAGUGGAUUUGACCAAAAUCACAAGUAUAGAGUCAUAACAAUGUGAACGAGUGUAAGCAUCUUCUGAGAAGGGACUGGUUUCAUCAGGUCUGUGACAGCCUUGUGUUCUCAGAAAACCAGAUAACCACGGUGGGAUCCAGACAGGAAGAGUCUGAACGUAGACACCUUCUGAUAGUGUCUGAAGGGCACGACACUCAAAACAGAUGUUAACACACACACACAGAGGUCUCCUGAGGAGACCUUACAAUUUAUCAUAACAUAAUUUAAUGAAACCCUGUAAAAGGUAUGAGGCCUUGGUUUAACCUUCUUUAGUUUCAAGAUUCAUACACUGGCCGAUUGGGCCCAUUCAACUCCAUCACCCAUUAAUCUACAGUACAGCUUAAUUCGACCAGACCUACGACAACGCUGACAAUCAUCUGUGCUAACAAUGGAACCAAUUGUACAAACCCAUACUGUUUGUGCAUAUUGGUUCUUACUGAAGCACAAGUAAGGUAACAAAUCCUGUAGUUAACUGGAACAUGCAACGAUGGGAUGACAGAUAAUAGUAAAAUUAUAUUUUGUAUAUUUUUUUUUCUUUUCGUUUUUCUAAUUUUGUAUAUUGUUCAUGGAGUAAUAAUAUAGGUGAGGGACUUCACAUUUUCGACAUGCAAUAGGUCUCACGAUAUUAUGCAUGCUAAUCUUUUGACCUUUAACGGAUGAUCAGUAACACUUUUCUAAAAGAGAUAUUCCUCUCAAAUCUAACAUACAACCUUAUAUUUUGAGUGGAACAUCCUUUUAAAGUGCAUUGUCUGGGAUGCUGACAUAUGACUGACACAAGAAUGUUGUAAUUUCUCUUUGAAAAUUUUGUGACAAACCAUUUAUAAGUUCAUUGGGCACUGAGGACAAAGUAAAUUGAACUGAAAUAGCACUUGAUUCAUUCUGCUUGUGAAUGGUUCAUCAGUUGUCACAAACUAGUGUUUUAUGUCAGUGUUAUGACAGAAUCCAUGUCAGUCAGGUAGCAGUAUUAUAAAGCUGUUAUAGCUCUCUAUACUUCAAGCAAAGUGUUGCUCCACAUUUUAUUUGUACUUUGCAACUAGGCACUUUGGACAUAAUCACUUAGUAGUGACCGUUUUAAACUUCUUGCAAACAGAAUGUAAGAUCUCUUUCGUUGGACAUGAAAGAUUCACCAUAACAACUUGCACGGUACAUGAUUGAGGUUGUCUGUCGAUCGCAAAGAGGUCAUUUAGAAAAUUCACCCCAAAAUGUUUAGGUGGGGAUAUGCACCUGCAAGUUGCCAUUGUUACUGUGUAAUUUGUUUGAAGUUAAUGUUCGCCUUCUUGAGUAAAGUUGAAGGGCUAACUGAGCUCAAUAUGUCAAAAGGAAUUGACCAGGCCCACAAAUUGGGGAAAACAAACAUUAUUUCCUAUUGACCCCCAUUGUAAAAGAGCCAACUUCGUCAUAGAUUUUUUUGUUGUGCCGAAAAGCUGUAACCAGGUCAAAAAUCCCGACCUAUGGUUCGCAAUGCUCCCAUGUAGGAAAAUAGAGCCUGGGAGAAGAGCCCUUUGGCUUCAGGCUAUUCGGCAUCAGAGAGUGGGAAAUUGUGGGGACCCGGUGUCAAAGUAGGCUACACGUACCUAUGUGUGUGGAAAACAUUUAAUGACAGAUAAAGACAUUUAACUUGAUUAGUAUAGUCUGUUUGUAGCUACUUGUAGCUGUAUAGUCCAUUUGCUUGCGUUUUUGGUAUUGGCUAGCUUAAUGUUUCGGUCGUAGCUAGCUAGCACUCACUCUCACGUGGCUGCUAGCACCAUAAUGAAAAGGGGCAUGAAGGAACUCCUAUAAUAUGACCUUCUAAGUAGUGAGAAUGCUCGGGAGCAGGCAAUGUUAAAAAUGAAUCUUUAGACGUACUUUUCUGAAAUGUAGUUUUGUAAUUGACUUAAGACAAGCAGACAACAAGAGAAAGGUCAAGUUGUUGCUGUGAGCCAAUGGGGUAACCUAGGUAACCACCGUUUUUGUUGCCAACAGGCAGGCUGGGCCUGCUGCAGUUCUAUCUAAUACCGACUGGGACUAUCCAAACAAAAUAAUAUAAAAGUUAUCAGACCAGGCUUGUGUUUCCGAUAAUUGACAUGGGUAGGAGGUACAUCCUGGGGGGAAAUAUAUUUCAUAAUGCAGCAACACUUAAUUGAUUAUUGAAUAUGCCAAUAAUAAACCCCUGUGCUAAAAACAAGAUUGACAAAGUGUAAUAACCAUUCAUUCUUGAUUCAUUACAGCCUGCCUUUUUCUAAAUAUAUGCUAUAACUGUCAAGACAAAUAUAUGCAUUUUACACCACGGAUAAUGAACAUAUAGCAUAUAAUCAGGAGUUUAAAGCCAUUUAUUGAUUAGCAAUGAGUUAUUAUGCAUUCUGUUCGCUAUCGUGUCAAAUCAUGUGAUUGCCUUACAGUGACAAAUCCACUGAACCGUGUCUUCUUUAAACUGCUCAAUCGUUUCCUCACAUUAGAAAGAUCAUCUUACACACUUGUGAGUUUGUUAGUUAUUUGUCUGAAGUGAAGCAAGCAUAAGCAAAAUGUAGUUGUAUGUAAAUGAUCGAGAAUAUUAAUAAUAAAGUGUGAAA